AUGAGCGAACCGCCAAUGCAAAUCGCGAAGGACGCAACCGAUCUCAAAACAAGCGAAGCAUACGACAUAGAACGCUCAGCGAGUUCAGGAACUGAGCGCCAUGGCAGAACUAUCGUGCUGUCUGCGACAGAUGAUGCUGGGUAUCAUCGUUCCUUGACGAGGCGUCAAAUCAUGAUGAUGACCUUUGGGGCUGGCAUCGGCACUGGUCUCUGGGUGGGAACUGGACAAGCAUUGUACUAUGCCGGUCCUGCUGGCAUGGCACUCACCUAUACGAUCACAGCGAUGAUCGUGUAUGCUCAAUACUCUUCAAUCGGCGAGAUGACUACGUACAAGCCGGUUCAUGGUGGCUUUAUCCGCCAAUGCGCUGAAUAUGUCGAUCCGGCAUUCGGUUUUGCAAUUGGUGUCAACUUCUGGUUUGCGUGGGUGAUGAUUAUUCCAGCAGAGAUAACAGCAGCGAUAUCAGUCUUGAAAUACUGGCCGGCGACAGACGUUGUACCCCUCCCGGCAUUCAUCACUAUAUUUCUGGUGGUUUUCGCCGCGGCAAACUUGUUCCAUGUCCGAGUAUACGGCUACGUCGAGUAUUACAUGUCGUUUGUGAAAUGCCUUGCAAUUAUCUUGAUGAUAUUCUUCAUGUUCAUCAUGACAUCGGGAGGAAUACCAGCGACAAACGGCCCAAUCGAGUUCAAAUACUGGAAGAACCCCGGAGCUUUCAAUAAUGGAAUAAAGGGCAUCGCUAAAGCCUUCGUACAGGCGGCUUUUAGCUUUGGUGGCGGCGAGCAUAUUGCUGUUAUAGCUGGGGAAGUAGCCGAUCCCCGUCGCACUAUCAAGAAGACAGUUCGACCUGUGUUUUGGAGAAUGUUUACCUUCUUCGUGGUUAAUAUCUGGCUCGUCGGAAUGUGUGUUCCAUCCAAUGACACCGAUCUUGUCAACGCUGGCGGGACACUGGGAAGCCCCUUUGUAAUUGCGAUUAAGCGGGCGGAUGUUUAUGGCCUAGCACACGCGAUCAACGGAUUUAUCUUCCUUAGUGUCAUCAGCUGUGGUAUUACUAGUGUUUAUAUCGCAAGUCGAAGUUUGACAGCACUCGCUGAUCUUCAGAUCAUCCAUCCGUUCUUCGGAAGAAAGGACUCGCAGGGUCGGCCCUAUGUGUCCCUGGCAAUCAGUUUGGGCCUUGGUGGUGGAUUAGGUUAUCUUAACUGCAACAGUGUGGGAACUUUGGUGUAUGGUUGGUUUUCUGCCUUGGUGGCAAUAGCAACGCUUUUCCAGUGGGCCUGUAUUUAUAUUGCUCAUCUUCGAUUCCGGCAAGGUCUUCGAGCCCAAGGCAAGGAUCUCAGCAAACUUCCGUUCAAAGGUCUUCUCACCCCGUGGGCACAAUACAUCAGUCUCACCAUUGUGGUGUUUAUAUUUGGUUGUCAAUUCUACCUAGCUUGCUGGCCGUUUGGAGAAAAGGGAUCAGUGAAGAGCUUCUUCUCUUCUUAUCUUGCAGCCCCGUUGUUCUUCUUUGAUUACUUUGGAUACAAGUGGUAUUUCAAAACCAAGAUAGUCAAGCCGAUUGAUAUGGACUUCGGUCCUGCCAAAGCCUUUGAUGAGCAGGACCUUAUCAAUGCGAUUGCCGCUGAAGAUGCAGAGCGGGAUCCAGAGAAGAACAAGCAAAAGACUUGGAAAAAGCGUGCUCAGUAUAUGGUAUUUGGAUAG